AUGUGUCAGACAUCGGACACAGACUCGCAGCAGAUCCCGCCAAUCGAGAUCGGCUCAUUUAUUGCCCUACGGCCCGAUAAGAGCGAGUUUAUCGGCAGUGCCAGCGGUGUCUUCUUUGCCAACACUGUCUUCAGGGCCUUUGCAACAGCAACGACGGGCUCCGGCGGUUCUGCCACCAAGCGCUCUCAGGGGGAUGUCGAUGGCCUCGGAGCCACAGCGACCCCGGAUCCUGGGUCUGCCCAUGAAUAUGUCAUGGCAGAGGAGAAGGCCCAGGAGGAAGCCGCUGGAGACGAUGGCCUGGGAGUCGGUGCUGUGGGUGCAGAAGAUGCCAACAAGAGCCCAGGGGCACGAUCCUAUGGUAUUGCGGCUCCUGGAUUAGGAAUCCCCCCUCCUCCAGCCGUUGCUAAACGGCUCUUGGUGGAAUACUUUAGACGAUGGCAUCCCUUUCUUCCCUUUCUUCACGGGCCUACGUUCUUUGAAAAGGUGAACCAGUUCUACGAGCCAGGGGGUUCUCCAGCAGAGCCGAUGAGCCGACGCAACAAGGUGUACCAGGCCAUCAUUUUCCAAUGCGUGUUCAACAUUGCAGACUCCAAUCACAAUCAAAAGGAAGAACGAGAACUGCCUGAAGAAUCUCGCAUCAAGUCUGCCGUUGCGCUUACGAGCUUGCUUGGCGUCCUCUCUAGCGGCCAUGAUAUACCCUCCUUGCAGGCUCUCCUGGCAGUGGAACUGUAUCUGAUGACACAGAUGUCUUUACGAGCGGCUUCAACAGUUCACGGAGCGAUGACGCGCAUUCUAUACCACUGCGGUCUGCACAGAUGCCCCUUUCGAUAUGUCCAGCUGCCACGGGAUAUCUGCGACAUGAGAAAGCGAAUCUUUUGGUCAGCGUAUGUGAUUGAUCGACACUUGAGCCAAGUACUUGGACACCCCUUGGCUCUCAACGAUGAAGAGAUAGAUGUCUGCUUGCCUGGAGCGCCAGAGGUGCAUAAUCCAGCCAAGCCUUUCCAGAACAUCCCGGCAUCGCGCCCCUCGGCAACAGAGGAAGAUAUUCAAGCUUAUCCGGUUGAUCAUCCAACCUUUGCAUCUAUGUCUUCUGCUGGGGACCUUACUGACGGCAGCACCGUUGGGACGCAGGAAGGCAACAUAAAUACAGACCAGCUUGUGUAUCGGCCACAAAACUUGGGCGAAUCCAUACUUGGCUUCCUAGUGACCUAUUCGCGACUGCUCGGGCAGGCACUCGACCUCUUCCACAAGUCUAUACACAGCCGAUCUAUAACAUGGGACAAGGUGCUGGAGAUGACUUCGAAGAUCCACGCUUGGUGGAACACGCUUCCACCCUCGUUCCAGGGAGAGGGACUUACAUCCAUCUUUGUAGAGCCGCAGUCUCACCACGGCCCUCCCUUUGCGAUUUUAUACCAUCAGCUCAUUCUCAUCAUGAACCGACCAUUCUUGUCUCUCCCGACGAAUAGAACAGAUUUCCAGUUUAGCCUGCAGACUGCGGUGAAUGCCAGCCGAGCUAUCGUUAAGAAGCUUAAGCUGCGGCAAGGGGAUUCGCCUCUGGUGGCUUGGCCGGGAAUGCUGUCGGCGGCGUGGAUGGCUGGCUUGGUCAUCGCGUACGCCGGGCUAUUGAAGCUCUAUCCAAUGGAGAAGACGGUGCUGGAUCUCAACUGUGCAAUACGACUCCUUGGCAUGAUGAGCCGAAACUGGAGCAGUGCUCACCACUGCCGUGUGACGCUAAAGAUGCUACUCGACAGGUUAACGUCGAAGCCAUUCAUGGAAAAAAUCAAUCCAGCACUUGCAGCUGAUCCAUCACUCAGCAUCUUGACUGACUGGAGCCAACCUGUGUUUUCAACAUACCAGAAUCUCCUCGAGAGCAGUCGCAGCAAGCGACGGCGCAUGGAUCAGAAUAAUAAUAACAACAACAACAACAAUAACAUUAACAACAACAACGGUGUCAACAUGAAUAACAAUAGCAACAAUAAUUUUAUGGGAAGUUCCUUGAACGGAUAUCCCGCCAGCCACUUCAUAGGUCCAGACACGGCGUUCAUGGGCGGCGAUAAUCUGUGGGACUACCCGAGCUUCCAGCCCGUUUUGGAGUACACAGGACCGGAUUUCGGAUUCGACGCAGACCAAUUCUCCCAACAAGGAGAGUGGGAGCGGUUCCUGAGCGAGAAUAUGAACCCGGAAUCAUCGGGGCUGCUGUUCAACAACAUCGGGUGGGACAACUAUGUUCAAAAUUUAGAAGACAGGUUAAAUAUGUAA